AUGGAGGUGUCUCCGUUCAGCGUCACACCAGAGAGGUACUGGACGGAGGAGAAAGAGAGGGCGCUCAUAGCGUUCUUUUCCAAGCACGGCUGCCUGUGGAACCACAAGUCCGAGAGUUACAAGAACCGACAGCUGCGAUGGAAAACCCUGGAACGCCUGAGGAUCCUUCUGUCAGCUCACCCUCCACCUGUUCCUCUCACAGUGGAAGACAUUAAGAACAAGUUCAAGAACCUCCGCACCACCUUCCAGCGCCAGUACAAAAUGGUCAAGGCGAGCGAGGCGUGCCAGUCCGACGGCUUGUUUGUGCCGCAGUGGAAGCACUACGAGCAGCUGAUGUUCCUGCGGUGCUGCUGGGACCAGGACGGCGGCCCUGACGAACUGCCGCCCUCGCCCUCACCACAAGAGGAGAGCCGGCCCGUCGUCUCUUCCCCGGGGCUGAUUGUCCCCCUCCUCCCCGCCCUGUCCACCUCCACCCCCUCCUCCUGCAUCCCCUCCAACACGCCGGUGAAAUGUUACUGGACUGAAGAGAGGGAGCGCGUGCUGAUAGCUUUCUACUCAGAGCAUGACUGCCUCUGGAAAAAGAAGUCCGAAAACCACAACAACCGUCAGCUCAGACUGAGGCUGCUGGAGGCUCUAAGGAGCCAGCUGACCGACCACUCGGUGUCUUUCUCGGUUGAAGACAUGAAGUGCAAGUUCAAGAACCUCCGGACAGUUUUUUACCGUGAAUACAAGGCGGUGCAGGCCAGCAGGGUGUCUGACAAACUCCACGUGUCCAAAUGGAAACACUAUCAGCAGCUGCUCUUCCUCUGCGAGUCCUGCGACGAAGACGAAAGCCCUGACAACGUGCAGAUACUGACGCCCCGUGAAGACUGGGACCUGGAGCACGGGAACCAAACGCCCUCUUCAACCCUGAGCGGCUUCUCCUCCAGCUCCGCCCAAAUCAACUACAGCAAUCCCUCUGCCCCCUCCAGCAACGCCAAAGCCGACACUGGCGCUGUGUACCAAGUCUUCCUCCCUGCUUCUCAAGACGACCUCACACUAGCGAGCCAAACAGCUGCCGUCACAUUCGGCGCCUGUCCUUCCUCUCUGCCGCUGGACACCAAACCUUGUACAAACCCCUCCCCUCUAAAUUUUUCCAGUCCGGUUCAGGCCGACAGCAGACUGAGCGCCGACUCCCGCUGCCACUGGAACGAGGCCAAAGUACAGCAGCUCAUAUCGUUUUACUCGGAGCACAGCUGUCUGUGGAACCACAAGUCCGAGAGCUACAGGAACAGGCUUUUGAGACAGAGCCUGUUGGAGACGCUGAGCAGCCUCCUGUCCGACAAUGAGUCGGCCCCAUUCACAGUGGAAGACGUAAAGACAAAGUUCAGGAACCUGCGAACCAUCUUCCAGCGUGAGCACAAGGCGGUGAGCUCCAACAAAAUCUGCGGUUCAGAGGACUUUUACCUCCCAAAGUGGAAACACUACCGCGAGCUGAUGUUCCUCUGCGACUCCUGCGACGAGGACGAGCAGCCUGACGACCUCCACUUCCGCGGACCGCAGGAGCCCCGCCUCCUCCACCUGGACGGCCAAUCCCUCAACAGCUGUUACCAUGGCGCCAACCAUACUGCCGCCAACCACACAGCCGCCCAACUGAACGUGGCAUCAUCGCGGAGGCUGGAAACCCCUCCCUCGCCCACUCCCCCAGACUCCCAGCACUCCUCCCCUUCCUCCUCCCCCUCCACACAGUCCUCCCGCACAGACAGCAGAGUGUCGGGAGGACGGAAGCGAGCCUGCCGCCGCCUCCCACAGUCCUCCGGCGAGGUGCUGGACAUCAUGAGGACGUUCUGUCAAAGCCAGGCGGCGUCUCAGCACACAGGCUUCCUGAAGUACGUGGAGGAGUGUCUGAAUGAGACGCCACCGGACAAAGUGAAGAAGCUGAAGAAGAAGAUCAUUGAGACGAUCCACAGCAUGUCAGAGGAGACUUAGGCCGUUUCUCAAUAAGUGAACUUCUCUGUACUUGUGUCCUCCUGAACUUGUGAAACGUCAUCUAGCGCGGCCCAAGUACUGUUCCAAUACACAAGUUCGCAUUCAGCCAAGUACGGUCCAAAUACCCGGAAGUGUACUUGCUCCGCCCAUUAUAUCGGGGAUGACUUGUGUGGACUUUGGACAACCAAGUAUCCCAGAAUGCAUUUCACCAGCAAACAAGAGACGACAAUAGCGGAGACGACUCACAACUGUCAUCAUAUCAUUGUCUAAAUACUGCUGUUGUUGUGUAACGGAAUUUAGUUUUAAGAUUUUUUUAAGCGAGAAUGUAGUUGUUAAGACUUAAAAUAUGCGGUCAAUUUAUCAAGAUAGAGCCUGUUUGAAAACAGCGCCGACGUUUGUCGGAGAUAUGAGAGGACCAGAGAGGAGACCGGGCGGUGAUGCUCAUGCAUCCCGCUGACAGCAGCCUUAUCUCGGCAAGGCCUCUCCAGAUGUGCCGCUGGCUCCGGUGUCUCUGUGGUUGCAGAUGUAACACAAAAUAUAUACAUAUUAAUAUUUUAAUAUUUUCUAAAUGAAAACGAAAAAAGGCAGGGUUGUGUUUUAUAUCAUAUUUCGUUUUAUUGUCAAUAUAUAUGACUGAAGAUAACCGGAGUAGGCGGGACCGACGAGCUGAGUUGGUGACGUUGUGACGUUGGUGACGUCAUCAAGUUCGCUGCUGUUCCAAUUGCAAAAUGACCGUACUGCGUCCUCCCAUCCUCGGGAGUUUGUACUCCCGAGUCGAACUAUCCAAGUCUGAACUUGCAAGUUUGCAAGUCCACACUUGACCAUACUUGGUAUUGAGAAACGGCCUUAGUGUUUCACGUCUGUCACGCUGGGGUUUAGUUUUUUCUUACUCCUUAAGCUUCCUGAAGAGAACAUUAUAAGAAAGCCCUCUACACAACAUUCCCUGGCAGAGCUGCUUCAGCGGGCUUGAGCUGUGAUUUUCGUGUAAAGAGAGCAAAGACACCAAACCUACCGAACCACGCCAGCGUUAGGGGCCAAUCACACCAAGACGCGACGCUAGAGGCCACUGCCGCUUUAAAAGCACCUUGGCAUAGCAGGUCAGGGAGGGGGAAUGUGUGCGCAACAGAUCAUAUUUGAUUAAUGGAAAAUAGAUACAUAGCUACAUGAAACUAUCAAGAAACGACAUAUGAAUUCCCCCGUCCUUCUGACAUACUCUGUAGCUCUUUCACAGCCCAACAGCUAACUAGCUAGCUAGGAGGCUCUACCAUGUAUACCGGCAUCAAAACAGGAAGUCAGUGGUAAAAUAGUAAAAUUGGCCUCUUGCUCCAUUUGAUAAGCUGCCUAGGCCAAGUGCGACAUCGCUGAGCGGUGCAACUGCCUUGAGUUGAGUCAAAAGUUGACAAAACUUUAACUAAAACUGCGCCACUAAAAACUGCUAGCAAAGCACAAGAGAGGAGCACUUGAGAGGAGCCAUCAGGCACAGUAGGAACGAAUAAGAAUGUUUUGCGGGAGAAGCGUCUCAUUGUGAUGAGGGCCUGAAGUGACAGUUCACACAAUAACCAAAAAAUUGUUGUUUUUCUUCUUACCUGUAGUGGUAAAAAAAAAAAAUGUGAGUUGUGGCCCUUAGCUAACUGAUACUGCUAGCUCACCUAUCAUCACUGAGCUAGCUAACAUCGGAGCUCAGUCAAGCAGGACGCCAUUAGCGCCUUUUGAAGAGUUAGCAUGCUAUGUCAUACACUAACUUGCCAAAGGUAACACUUAAGAUAGCAUCUCAGUUAUAUUAGAGCAUCCUGUUAUAAACCACAAUGCUUGACUAGUGCACAUUUUUAUUUGUUGGUGGAACUAUAAGAAAGAUCGGGAUCACUAAAGCCAUGGCUGCACCCAGAGUCUCCUAAAUUACACCCACGUUUCCCUCACUUGCGUCUUUUUCCUUGCGACUCUCUAUUCAUACUCAGUCGGAGGGAGGUAAGGAAACAACACAGGUGAAGAAAUGUGGGAUGCACCCCAUGUCAUUCUGGACCGUGUUGGUAUUAGAUAAAACCACUAAAGAUGGACAUGUAUUUUUAAAGCACUACAGUAUUUAAAAAUGUGUUUUCUUCAUCCAGAGAAAGAAAAUGAAUCGCAAGAGACCAGUAGAACAUAGAGGAAACAUUCAGCUUAAUUUCCUCUACUCAAAGUAAAAAAAAUGUACCACUGUUUGUUUGAAAUAAGUGUUUAUAUAUCUGGAGGACAGAUGUUUUAAUAUUUAGUGCUGAACUUACAGUAAAAUGUAAAGAAUUCAGUGAUUAAAGAAUGGGGCGUUUUUGUUUUCUGAAGUGGUAAAAUUCAGAAAAUAAGGUGGAACCAACGUCCGAGCUGUAAUGUGCCCCUUUUAUUUAUUUAUCAAUUAUGAGGGGAGAUCUACGUUGUCAGUCUAAAAUGUUCUAUUCACCUUUUCUUUGUCUUUAACUUGUUGAGGUUUUAUUACUAUUAUCUCAUUAUCAGCUGCUGCACAGCUGUGAGAAAUAUUGAAAGGGUAAAGGCCAUCAAGUAGUUGUCUUUAAAAAAAAAUAUAUGAUGUAAAUACUUUCAAUGUAAAAAACAUUUUUUUCUAUCAAUUAAAAUCUUUGAAGCAAUAAUAGUUAUAUUUUUAGCACCAACUGUGAUUGACAGUGUUUUUUUAACCCUGUUAUUUUGCACAUUCAUAUGAGAAUGAUUUAUUUUGUUUGGUUGCACAUCUUUGUCCAAAUUUGACUCAGUGCCUUAUCAGAAUCACAGAACAUGUAUGUAUGCAUGUGCAGAAAUGUGUCCCCUCGACUUUGGACUUUAUAGGUAUAUUUUAUUAAAUGUGUAAUAUAUACGAA